CGCCGAGCUUCCCGCCCCGCACUCGGAGCCCAGAGCCGCCGCCCAGGGGGAUGCGGGAGCCCCUGAUUCCGGGGAGCAGAGAGGCAGGCGGGGAACGGAGGGCGGCAUGUCCCAGGGCCCAGGAGCACAGCCAGGCCCACCCUCUGUGUACCACGAGCGGCAGCGCCUGGAGCUGUGUGCCAUCCACGCGCUCAACAACGUCCUGCAGCAGCGGCUCUUUAGCCAGGAGGCUGCUGAUGAGAUCUGCAAGAGGCUGGCCCCGGAGUCCCGGCUGAACCCCCAUCGCAGCCUCCUGGGCACUGGCAACUAUGACGUCAACGUGAUCAUGGCCGCGCUGCAGGGGCUGGGCCUGGCCGCCGUGUGGUGGGACAGAAGGAGGCCCCUGUCCCAGCUGGCCCUGCCCCAGGUGCUGGGGCUGAUCCUGAACCUGCCCUCGCCCGUGUCGCUGGGGCUGCUGUCCCUGCCACUGCGUCGGCGGCACUGGGUGGCCCUGCGCCAGGUGGACGGCGUCUACUACAACCUGGACUCCAAGCUGCGCGCGCCCGAGGCGCUGGGGGAUGAGGACGGCGUCAGGGCCUUCCUGGCGGCCGCCCUGGCUCAGGACCUGUGCCAGGUGCUGCUGGUGGUGACCAAGGAGGUGGAGGAAAAGGGCUGCUGGCUGCAGAUGGACUGACCCCGCGGAGGCAGGAUCCACGCUGCCCGCCCAGCGGGUCCCUGCGAGUCCACGUCCGGCUCCUGUGCAGGAAGGGCCUGGACCUCGCUUCGCGGACCCUGCCCUGCACCCCACGUGCUGCUGCCUCAGUAAAGCUGCUCCUU